AUGGCCUACGAUCACCCCGUCCAGAAUAGUGAGGUUUACCUUCUCAAUUCUGCACCUCAUACCUGCCUUCCUGCUUCGGCUCCACCAUCACCACCAACUCCAAGUACACCAUGCGACGAACUUCCGCCUCCAAUCGACGACCUCAUGUCAUUAACUCCCUACGAAAUACAAAAGGGAUGUUCGCCCUUUAGCCAACGAUUAUCAAGAGCAGUCCAUGUUCUUAGUACGGAAGCUACAUCUCUCUCAUCCUUAACUAUGUGGUACGAUACGGAUCCAGUUGCAAGAGAUGGUUUCUGUCGUGCUGUGGAAGCUAUCAAAAGAUCCAUUGGGGAAAGGGGAAACAUUGUUAUUUGUGGCGUAGGUAAGAGUGGAUAUAUUGCCCAGAAACUCGUGGCAACAAUGCGCAGUCUCAGUAUCCAAGCAACCUAUAUUCACGCCACCGAAGCUGUACACGGAGAUGUUGGAGCUAUCGGAAAAUACGACACCAUCCUCCUAAUAACUUUCUCGGGCAAAACCCCUGAAUUACUUGACCUUCUUCCUCACCUCGACUCGUCCCUCCCAAUGAUCGUCAUGACUGGUCACACCCAUCGAUCCACGUGCGAAAUUAUUAGACGCCGACCAAACGCGAUUUUAUUGCCAGCACCAACUCAUGAAUCAGAAACACUGUCAUUUGGUCUUUCCGCUCCAACAACAUCCACCACCAUGGCGAUAGCCUUAGGAGAUGCUCUCGCGCUAGUCACCGCCCAAGAGCUCCAUCCCAGCAUUGCCGCUGUUUUUUCCAGAAACCAUCCCGGAGGUGCAAUUGGUGCCACAUUUAUGGCGCCUCAAAAGGUCUCAGAUCUCGCAAUCUGUCUUUCGGACAUGCCCGACCUAGGCGAUGGACCAAAUACAGGAGCUCAUGUUCUCAUCACAGCUUAUGGAUCAGAUUCGGGAUGGGCUCGUUGUGGAACCGGUGUCGUUUUACCACCCCGUUGCAUCAAAAAGCUUGGAAAGUCCGACAUGGAUUUGCCAGCGGCCACGAUUAAUGGUUUGAUGAUACCAAGCACGAAAUGGAUCACAAUCCCAGCCGAGACGGAAGUCACCGCCGCAAGGGAAAUAUAUAGAAGACUAGGCUCCGAAACUGGCUUCACACAUUCCGACAAUACCAUCCUAGCAGUCAUGGAUGAUCAUGAGCUCAUAGGAGUUUUGCAGAUUGGUGACUUAGCAUGA